UGAAAAACGUGGAUAACCUUGGCAUGACGUCGACGAACAUGUGGUAUCGGCUGAUAAGUGAUGAUAACACAAACAUUUCCGUAUCCGGACUCCCGGAGGAGAUAAUGGCACUACCCAUUUCGAAAAGUAACAUUUGCACAAAUUUCACACUGACACUACAGCGUUUCAUAAGAUUUUGUGCCAGCUUCUUCGUCACCACUGACGGUUAAACCUACCUAAGUGUAUUAUAUACGUGCCGCCGUCAUUGCAGUCAACGGUCGUCGUUUGUGGGAACCGUUGAGCGUCCAAUGUCAAUUCAUACCGUUUAAUCGAAGUGUACGUUUUUUUGAAACCUUAUUCCCGUCCGCCUCUUCAAAAUACAAAUAUGUCUAAAAAGAGAACACGAGAUGUAUCAAAUAAUACAGAUGAAACAGAUUUGUCUGGGAGCAGUAAUAAAAAUAUGUUACAAAAAUGUGAACAAAAUAAAUUACAAAAUAUUGCACCAUCAAUUUUUAAACCGGCGCCUUUUAGUACAGAAAUAGAUGCAGUUGUUGAAAGAAAUGCAUGUGAAUAUAGUACAAGAAUCACUAUGGAAAUGGCCAAUUCUUGCUUGGCUCCUCGGAAAAUCAGGGUUUAUGCAGAUGGCGUUUAUGACAUGUUUCAUCAAGGACAUGCUAGACAGUUAAUGCAAGCUAAAACAGUGUUCCAAAAUGUUUACUUGAUUGUUGGAGUAUGUAGUGAUAGUAUGACACAUGCUAUGAAAGGUAAGACUGUAAUGACUGAUGAUGAAAGAUAUGAAGCUGUGAGACAUUGCCGCUAUGUAGAUGAAGUUCUUAAAGACGCACCAUGGGAAAUUGAUGAUCAAUUUUUAAUAGACAAUAAAAUUGAUUUUGUUGCUCAUGAUGAUAUUCCUUACAUUAAUGAAUCCGGUGAAGAUGUUUAUAAAGGGCUUAAAGAAAAAGGUAUGUUUGUAGGCACCCAAAGGACUGAGGGUGUAUCAACAUCAGAUGUUAUUUCUCGAAUUGUACGAGACUACGAUAUGUACGUCAGACGUAAUCUACAACGUGGAUACAGUGCCAAAGAUUUAAAUGUAUCAUAUUUAAAGGAAAAAAAAUUCAAGCUUCAAAACAAAAUGGAAGAACUUAAAGACCGAAGUAAACGAGUAAUGGGCACUAUUGGUGAAAAAAGAGUAGACAUGUUGCAACGAUGGGAAGAAAAAUCUAGAGACUUUAUUGUUUCAUUUUUAUUAUUGUUUGGUCGAGAUGGACCAAUUUCUCAUUUUUGGAACGACAGUAAAGGUAAACUGUUACAAGCAUUUUCACCACCUUCUAGUCCAACUCCAAGUGGUCGCAACACUCCAGAAUCAACUACUUCAUCUGAAGAAAAUUUAAGGUCUCCGCCUAGAAAGUCGAGCAGAACUGAACGUUUUUCAGAUGAAGAUGAUGAUGAAGAUGACAUAUUAAAUAGUUAUGAUUAUAUAAAUGGUGAGAGAAGCUCAAAAACUAAUUCCUAGUAGUAAAGAAUAGUUAUUAACCAUAUUAAAAUAAUUAACUAUUAGUUUAAUACAUAAUAUAAUGCAUAAACUUGCUAGAAUAAAAUUAUUGAAAUAA